ACCAGCCCAGCGCAGCCGGGUCUCAUGGAUUCGCAGUCCCGCUGCGUGGUGGUGACCGGUUUUGGGCCCUUCCGGCAGCACCUGGUGAAUUCCAGCUGGGAAGCCGUGAAGGAACUCUCCAAGCUGGGCUUAGGGGUAGACACUGACAUAGAACUUCGAACUCUGCAGCUGCCUGUGGAUUACAGGGAGGUAAAACGGAGGCUCACCACAAUCUGGGAAGAGUUUCAACCACAAGAAGGUCUGAUGGUGAUCCACCCAGGGUUGGUCCACCUUCAAAGCAGCCUGCCAGGGGCCUGGUACAUCUGUGAUUACACCUACUACCUGUCUCUGCACCUUGGGACUGGGCAUGCGGCUCUCAUCCACGUCCCUCCUCUGUCGCACUGGCUCUCAGCCAGCCUUCUAGGCAAAGCCUUGCAAGCCAUCAUCCAAGAAAUGCUGGAAGGAAGCAGGAAAGUCCAGACUCAAAGUACAGCAGCUUAAGGGAAGCAGCAGGGGGAUGCCUUCUUUAGAUGAAAUGGAGUGUUUCAGGCUGCGCUAUGAGAGGCUCUAAAAAUGUGAAACACUUACAAGGCUAGGGGUGUUUGUGGGGGUGGGUGUGUGGACACACAGAAUCAGUCUUACUUUAGUGUCUAAAGCAAGAAGAAAAUCCUCAAAGGUGAUGCUUCGUAAGGGAUAAACUAGGGGAAGCUAUGACCUUUGUGACUACAAAGAGCCACUAAAACCUAGUGUCAAGACCAAAUUAA